CUGAGCCCAUGAGUCACACACCAGGCAUAGUCUCAUGCAUUCUCCUGAGAAUGAAAUGAUGUGGUACAGAGAGGGCACAUGAGAGAAGGCACACUGUCACCUAGAAAUGUGAUGCAGGAUGCCUAGGCUGAGAUGUUGUGCAAGGGACACUGCUGAAUUCAGGUGUGCAGUGUACCCAGUGCCAGGAGAAGAGGCAGUGGGCACAAACCAAAACACAAAGAGUUUCCAUCUGAACAUCAGGAAACACUUCUUUACUGGGCAGGUGACUGAGCAAUGGAAUAGGUUGCCCAGGGGGGUUGUGGAAUCUUCCUCCUUGGAGAUCUUCAACAGCCAUCUGGACAUGGUCCUAGACAACCUGCUCUAGAUAUCCCUUGCUUGAGCAGGGGUUUGGACCAGUUGACCUCAGAGGUUCCUUCCAGCCUUAACCAUUCUGUGAUUCUGAUAUGUACAAUGAACCUGGAAAACAUCAUCGAUGUUUGUGUAAUGGCUCAUUGGCAGCAACAGUCCCCAUUUCUUGACAGAAGCAUAAUAAGGUCAGCAUAGCUUCUCUAGAGCAGUCUCAUGAGCAUCCUUUCCAUCCAGAAAAACUGAACUGUUUCUUAUACUUUAUGUGCUACAUUUUCAGUUCAGAGUUGUCUUUUUCCUACUUCCAGCCUAUGGACCUUGGUCUGCCUUUCUGUAUUAAGUUAAUUAACUCUUUAAAGCUCUUUAAAUUAAUCUUUCUUUAAAUGUUUCUGUAUUAAGCGAAAUAGUUCCCUACAUAAUUUAAAGAGUUUUAAAGAGAUUGCUAUCUACAACUUUUUUUGAUAGUUUUUGCAUCUUUUUAUGUUCAACAAAAUCAAGAAUCCUUAAAAUACUUUCAGAGAAUUAAUUGAAUAGGAACAAAUACUUACAGAGAAGGGGAAGAGGGUAAGGGAUAGAUGAGUAGUGAAAGGAGUGGGGAUGUUAUAAAGUGGGAAAUGAAGAGGGAUAAUGGGGAAGAUGAGGACAAAGGUGAUUUUUAACCCCUUCUCUUCCUCUACCAUGUAUUUGCCAGGAUUUGGUAAGCUCAGUUUCUCUAAGUACUUUUCAGUUUUCCUGUUCUCUCAAGAAAGUCAAGAUAGGGCCGGUCCUUAUGUACCUGGGGGCUUCAGCCACAUUCUUCAGAGGAUCCAGUACCUGUGGGUUUCUGUCACACCUCUGAUCCUGGUCAUGGUACUCUGUGUGGAGGAGUUGAACAAUUUGACUGCUGUCUUCGCAGAAGCAUUUACAAAAAUAAAUUUGAAAUGACGUAUGUGGGACCAAGCCAGGUCAUUGUGAAGAACCUCUCAACAGGAACUCGUGUUGUGUUAAAAUCCCACUAUGGUUAUGAGAUUGAUGAGGUGAAGAUCUUAGGGAAAGACAGAUAUCUGGUGGCCCAUACCUCAGACACAUUACUGCUGGGUGACAUCAGCUCCAACAAGCUCAGUGAGGUAGCCUGGCAAGGGUCUGGAGGAAAUGAGAAGUUCUUCUUCGACAAUGAAAAUGUCUGCAUGAUCUUUAAUGCAGGGGAGUUGACACUGGUGGAAUAUGGAAAUAAUGACAUCUUGGGGUCUGUCCGCACAGAGUUCAUGAGCCCUCAUCUUGUCAGUGUCCGUAUCAAUGAGAGACGGCAGAGGGGCGUGGAGGAGAACAAGAGACUGGCUUAUUUGAUAGACAUCAAGACCAUAGCAACAGUGGACCUUGUAGGUAGCUACAAUGCUGGCAGUAUUAGCCAUGACAGCAAGAUUGAUUGGCUGGAGCUGAAUGAAACAGGCCACAAACUACUCUUCAGGGACAAGAAGAUGAGGUUGCAGCUCUAUGAUGUUGAAAGCAGCACCAAGACUACCAUUUUGAACUAUUGCUCCUAUGUACAGUGGGUUCCAGGCAGUGAUGUGGUGGUGGCGCAGAGCAGAAACAACCUCUGCAUUUGGUAUAACAUUGAUGCUCCGGAGCGAGUCACCAUGUUUCCUCUGAAGGGAGAUAUCGUAGACUUGGAACGGAAUGAUGGAAAGACUGAAGUGAUCGUAUCUGAAGGGGUGAACACUGUGUCCUACACCCUAGAUGAAGGUCUCAUAGAGUUUGGAACUGCCAUUGAUGAUGGGGAUUAUCACAGGGCCACUGCAUUUUUGGAGACACUAGAAAUGUCAACAGAGACGGAAGCCAUGUGGAAGACCCUAAGCAGACUGGCUUUGGAAGCCAGACAGCUGCACAUUGCAGAGAGGUGCUUUGCAGCUCUGGGCAAUAUGGCAAAGGCUCGAUUUCUGCAUGAAACCAAUGCUAUUGCUGACCAGGCAGCUCAAGAGCAUGGUGGGGAUGGUACAGACCAUUACCUGGUGCGUGCCCGCUUGGCCAUGCUAGACAAGAACUACAAGCUGGCAGAGAUGAUCUUCCUGGAACAGAAUGCUACAGAGGAGGCCAUGGACAUGUACCAGGAGCUGCACAUGUGGGAUGAGUGCAUUGUAGUCGCGGAGGCCAAGGGACACCCGAUGCUGGAUAAGCUACGUCGGGGUUACUACCAGUGGCUGCUGGACACCCAGCAAGAAGAGAAGGCUGGGGAGGUCCAAGAGGGACAUGGAGACUACCUGGCAGCCAUCAGCUUAUACCUGCGGGCAGGGCUGCCAGCUAAGGCAGCACGGCUGGCCAUGAGCAGGGAUGAGCUCAUGACCAAUGGGGAUGUCAUCAACAGGAUCUCAACAGCACUGAUCAGAGGGGAACUGUAUGAACAGGCUGGAGACCUAUUUGAGAAGGUUGGGAACCCACGGAAGGCUCUGGAGUGCUACUGCAAGGGCAGUGCCUUUCUGAAAGCAGUGGAGUUGGCUCGCCUGGCAUUUCCUGCAGAAGUUGUGAAGCUGGAGGAGGCAUGGGGAGACCAUCUGGUGCAGCAGAAACAGCUGGAUGCUGCCAUUAACCAUUAUAUCGAAGCCAGGUGCUCCAUUAAGGCCAUUGAGGCAGCCUUGGGAGCCCGUCAGUGGAAGAAGGCCAUCUACAUUUUGGACUUGCAGGACAAACAAACAGCAGCCAAAUAUUAUCCCAAGAUUGCCCAGCACUAUGCAGCGCUACAGGAGUAUCAGGUUGCAGAGGAACUGUACAUCAAAGGAGACCAAACCAAGGAUGCCAUUGACAUGUACACACAGGCUGGGCUCUGGGAACAAGCUCAUAAGCUGGCAAUCAAGUGUAUGAGCCAGGAAGAUGUAUCUGUUCUCUACAUAACCCAGGCCCAAGAGAUGGAGAAGCAGGGCAAGUUCAAAGAAGCAGAGAGGCUGUAUAUCACUGUGGAUGAACCUGAUUUGGCCAUCACUAUGUACAAGAAGUGUAAGAUGUAUGAUGAGAUGGUUUGCUUGGUAGCCAGGUACCACAAGGACUUACUCAGUGAUACACACCUACACCUGGGCAAGGAGCUGGAGGCAGAGGGACGUUUACAGGAGGCUGAGUACCAUUACCUAGAAGCUAAGGACUGGAAGGCCACAGUAAACAUGUACAGAGUGAAUGACAUGUGGGAGGAAGCCUACAGGGUGGCCAAGGCACAUGGUGGGACAAACUCCUAUAAGCACGUGGCCUAUAUGUGGGCAAAGAGCCUGGGUGGAGAGGCAGCUGUGAAACUCCUCAGUAAAUUUGGACUUCUGGAGAUGGCCAUUGACCAUGCAGCAGACAGUGGUGUCUUUGAAUUUGCUUUUGAACUGGCCCGUCUCUCCAUGAAGCAGAAGAUGCCAGAGAUACACUUAAAGUAUGCCAUGUUCCUAGAAGAUGAGGGCAAAUUUGAGGAGGCUGAAGCAGAAUUCAUUAAAGCUGGAAAACCCAAAGAGGCAGUGCUGAUGUUUGUGCAUAACCAGAAUUGGGAUGCUGCACAACGUGUGGCUGAAGCUCAUGACCCAGGCAGUGUGGCUGAUGUGCUUGUGGGACAGGCACGUUUUGCCUUUGAGCAGAGAGAGUUCCAGAAAGCAGAGGCCUUCCUCCUGCGAGCACAGAAACCUGAGCUGGCAAUAAAGUACUACAAGGAGGCUGACAUGUGGAGUGAAGCCCUGCGGAUCUGCAAGGAAUAUGUGCCUAGUCGACUAGAGGAGUUACAAGAAGAGUGUGGCAGAGAGGCUGCCAAGAAGGGCUCUGGAGGAACAGAAGGACUGCUGGAGCAAGCACGGGAGUGGGAGCAGGCUGGGGAAUAUGCCAGGGCAGUGGACUGCUAUCUGAAGGUGCGGAUUUCCAACAACAGUGUCCUGAUGGAGAAGUGUUUGCUGAAGGCUGCUGAGUUGGCCAUUAAGUUCUUGGGUCAGUCACAGAGCAUGGAGGUCACACGGACUGUGGCUCCUCAGCUGGUGGCCAUGAAGAAAUACAGUUCGGCAGCCGAGCUCUACCUCAACUUGGACCUCAUCCGAGAAGCUAUUGAUGCCUUCAUUGAAGGGGAAGAAUGGAGUAAAGCCAAGCGCGUGGCCAAGGAAUUGGACCCCAGUAGGUCAGAGGAGUACGUGGACCAGCGUUACAAGGAGUAUUUAAAGAACCAAGGAAAGGUAGAUUCGCUGGUGGGAAUAGAUGUCAUGGCUGCUUUGGAUAUGUAUGCAGAGCAGGAGCAAUGGGAGAAGUGUCUGGAGGUUGCAGCUAAGCAGAACUAUAAGGUCUUGCACAAGUAUGUAGCUCUGUAUGCAACCCACCUCAUCCGGGAGGGCAGCUGGGACAAAGCCCUGAGCCUGUAUGUACACCAUGGAGCACCUGCCAACCCACAGAACUUCAACAUUUACAAACGCCUCUUUGUGGAGAUGGUGAAUGCAUCUGGCAUGAACUGUGCUGAGGCCUACUCCAGUUGGGCUGACCUACGUGAUGUUCUCUUCAGUCUGUGUGAAAAUUUAGUAAAGUCAAGUGAGGCAAACACUCCAGCACAUGAAGAGUUUGAGACUAUGCUGCUGAUAUCUCACUACUAUGCAACCCGCUCCGCUGCGCAGGGCGUGAAGCAACUGGACACUGUGGCUGCUAAGCUGUCCAUUUCCCUGCUGCGCCACACUGAACUCCUCCCUGCAGACAAGGCUUUCUAUGAAGCUGGUAUAGCUGCCAAGGCAGUCAACUGGGAGAACAUGGCAUUCAUCUUCCUGAACCGUUUCCUGGACCUGUCAGAUGCCAUUGAAGAAGGGAACGUGGAUUCUCUGGACCACUCAGAUUUCCAGAACACAGACAUUCCCUUUGAAGUGCCUCUUCCAGCCCAUCAGCAUGUGCCUGAGGAGAACCGGGAGGAGGCCAGGGACUGGGUGCUUACCAUGUCCAUGGACCAGCGUCUGGAGCAGGUGCUGCCACAGGAUGACCGUGACACAUAUGAAGCUUCAUUGGUGGCAGCAAAUACAGGGGUGCGCUCCCUGCCCUGUGUGCUUACAGGGUAUCCUGUGCUAAGGAACAAGAUAGAGUUCAAGCGUCCAGGCCGAGAAGCCAACAAAGACACAUGGAACAAGUUCCUGAUGGCUGUCAAGACAUCUCACAGCCCUGCAUGCCAAGAUGUGCUCAAGUUCCUCAGCCAGUGGUGUGGGGGACUCCCGAGCACCGGCUUCUCUUUCCAGUGAGUGGGACAGGAAGGAACAAUCGCAGCUUUCUGUCCUGUUCUUCAGCUCCCUCCACUUCUGUCCCCAAUAAACGUGUCUCAGCAC